AUGAAGGUGCACAACGGCACCAACAACAGCCCAAUAAAAAAUACAGCAGUCUCAAUAGCGUUCAUUAUUUCAUUAAUUAUUCAUAUAAUGUGCAGCUAUAUAUCCACGAAUUAUGAUGGGGUUCGUAUAUAUUCUGAUGAAGAUGACGACUGCGAUACAAAUGUUGGUGAUGAUGAGAAUGAUGAUGGAGAUGAAGUUGAUGAAGAUGAAGAUGAUGAUGAAGAUGCUGAUGAAGAUGAUGAUAAGGAAGAUGAUUAUGAAAAUAAAGAUACAGUCCCACAAAUGAAUGAAGACUGGACACUACAUGAUACUGGAGUUAAUCCUAUACUGCAGAAGGGUCGUCGUCACUUAGUAUCGGAUCGUAUCGUAUCGUAUCGUACCGUUUAUCUCGAUAUCAAUAUGAGGCAGGAUUUUGAAACAGUAUACAGUAUCGAAAAAAUAGCGCGGUUCAAAAAAUGA